AUGAGCGAAGAAGCGUCUAGCGCUACGACGAAACGUCCCAACUUCUUAUUUAUCCUCGCCGACGAUCUCGUGGGUGGUCUUCUGCACUUGGGGAGUCGGCCCUUGCUGAUUCUAGAUGUCCAGGGAUUCUCUGACAUCGGCUGCUACGGCAGUGAAAUCCAGACACCCAACAUUGAUCGCUUGGCCGAUGAGGGCAUUCGAAUGCUCAACAUGCACGCUGCGGCGGCGUGUUCGCCUACGCGUGCGAUGCUGCUUAGUGGAACAGACGCGCAUCUUGCGGGACUGGGGGUGCUUAUCGAGUACAAGAACAGCGAGAAGGGAGCCAGGCGCUGGUCGGGCAAGGCGGGUUAUGAGGGUUUCUUGAACGAGGAUGUCGCUACGAUCCCGGAAAUCCUGGAGGACAACGGCUACUUCACAGCCAUGUCUGGCAAGUGGCAUCUGGGUCUUCGUGCCCAUCAAGGGCCAUGGAAGAGGGGUUUCAAAAAGGCUUUUGCCAUGCUUCCUGGUUGUUGCAAUCACUACGGCUGGGAGCCAGUCCAGGAACGGUUCCCCAUUGGAGGCCGCCCCGUUCAUGCGGAAAAUGGUCGAAAGGUCGAGAUUGAACCCAACAAGACAGAAGAUCCUGCGGGUUUCUACUCGACCGAUUCUUACACGAGCAAACUCAUUCAGUACUUCGAAGGUCGCACGGAUAAAGAAAAAUCAAAACCCUUUUUUGCCUUCUUGCCGUACACUGCUCCUCAUUGGCCCUUGCAAUGCUCGAAAGCACAACGUGACAAGUACGAAGGCUUGUAUGAGGAUGGCCCUUAUGCUUUACGGGAACGUAGACUGAAGAAGCUUGCGGAGAUGGGCAUCAUUGACGAAUCUGUCGUUCCACACGAGGUGGAAACAACUACGGUUGGCGUCGGUGAGUGGCACGAACUCACACCAGAAGAAAAGACGCUGUCAAGCAGGGCUAUGCAGGCCUAUGCCGGCAUGGUUGACUCGAUCGAUGUCAACGUGGGUAGGGUUGUGGACUACUUGAAGAAGACCGGCGAGUAUGACAAUACAUUCAUCGUCUUCAUGAGCGAUAAUGGGGCAGAGGGUGCCGCAAUGGAGGCAGUCCCGGUGAUGGGAGACAACAUCAAACGUGCCAUCCACCAGUAUUAUGACAAUUCGCUUGGACCUCUGUGGGCUCAAGCCUCGACCGCGCCAUCGAGAUUAUUCAAGUGUUUUCCUUCGCAGGGUGGCAUUCUUGUGCCCUGCGUUGUCAAACCGCCUGCUAACACUUUCCUCCCAUCGUUCACCCCUGGGUCGUUCCACCGCUCAUUCACGACGGUGAUGGAUUUCGCACCAACUUUUCUAGAUCUUGCGGGCGUAUCCCUCCCUGGCACAGUUGAGAGACCCCAGCAAACCUUCCCCCACAGCUCUGCACUACGCAAGAUGACCACUUUUCGAGGAAAAGCCGUCCACUCCAUACGAGGAAAGUCGUGGGUGCCGCUUUUCAGCCAUGGGAAGAGAGUCGAAGAUGAUGAGUUGUGGGCGAUUCACUCGUCCGCGGAACCUGUCGGCUGGGAACUCUUUGCUCGAGGGGCACUACGAAAAGGCGACUGGAAAAUUGUCCACUUUUCGAAAAGGGAGGGAGGCGCGGGUGAAGGCGACGACGGCUGGGAACUGUUCAAUGUGGUGGAAGAUCCCGGAGAGACAAGUGACCUUGCUGUCAGCCACCCAGAGAAACUUCAGGAACUGCUAAGAUGCUGGGAAGAAUAUGUAGUCGAAUGUGGAGUCGUCUGGGGAGAGACUGCGGCCGUUUCUGGCCUUGGGAAGGACGAGGCACCUGAGCUGUGGGAGGACGAAGUCGAACUGCAAAGCUCAUGGAUGGGUGCAAAGGCUGGAAAGCGCCCGGCAGUCUGUGCAUGA